AUGGUGAAUCUGGAACCCAUGCACCCAGAUAUAAAGAUGAGUGGGGACGUAGCAGAUUCUACAGAUGCUCAAAGUGCUCUCAGCCAGGUGGAGACAGGAAAUGAUCGAAAUGGCUUAGAUUUCAACAGGCAGAUUAAAACUGAGGACCUCAGCGACUCCCUGCAGCAGACUCUCUCUCAUCGACCAUGCCACCUGAGUCAAGGACCUGCCAUGAUGCCCGGAAAUCAAAUGUCUGGGGACGUGGCCUCCCUCCACCCACUCCAGCAGCUCGUGCUGGUUCCCGGACACCUACAGUCUGUUUCCCAGUUCCUGCUAUCUCAGAGCCAGCCUGGGCAGCAAGGUCUGCAGCCAAACCUUCUCCCCUUUCCGCAGCAACAGAGCUCGCUCCUCCUCCCGCAGACGGGGCCUGGCCUCACAUCCCAGGCAGUUGGGCGCCCUGGGCUACCAGGAUCUUCUUUAGAACCCCAUCUGGAAGCAUCUCAGCAUCUCCCGGUGCCCAAGCAUCUCCCCAGCGCUGGAGGAGCUGAUGAGCCCAGUGACCUGGAGGAGCUGGAGAAGUUUGCCAAGACCUUUAAGCAGAGGCGCAUUAAGCUGGGCUUCACACAGGGAGAUGUGGGUCUGGCCAUGGGAAAGCUGUAUGGAAACGACUUCAGCCAGACGACUAUCUCACGAUUUGAGGCCCUCAAUCUGAGCUUCAAGAACAUGUGCAAGCUCAAGCCGCUGCUGGAGAAGUGGCUGAACGAUGCAGAAUCCUCCCCGUCGGACCCCUCCAUGAGCACCGCCAACUCUUACCCCGCCCUCAGCGAGGUGUUCGGGAGGAAGAGGAAGAAGCGGACCAGCAUUGAGACCAACAUCCGUCUGACUCUGGAAAAGAGAUUUCAAGAUAACCCCAAACCCAGCUCUGAGGAGAUCUCCAUGAUUGCAGAGCAGCUGUCCAUGGAGAAGGAGGUGGUGAGGGUCUGGUUCUGCAACCGACGACAAAAGGAGAAGCGAAUCAACUGCCCUGUGGCCACACCCAUCAAAUCACCCAUGUACAGUUCCCGGCUGGUAUCUCCCUCUGGAUCUCUGGGCCCCCUCUCUGUCCCUCCUGUCCACAGCACCAUGCCUGGAACAGUAACGUCAUCCUGUUCCCCUGGGAACAACAGCAGGCCAUCUUCUCCUGGCUCAGGACUCCAGGCCAGCAGCCCCACUGCAUCUCAAAAUAGCUCCAAAGCGGCCGUGAACUCCUCCUCCAGUUUUAACUCUUCAGGAUCUUGGUAUCGAUGGAGUCAUCCCACGUACCUCCACUGA